GUGAAAGCGGGACGCGGACGCAAACUGUCAUAUUGCCACGUUCUUUUUCUUCUCUUGUUUAUAUAUAUAUCGAAGCGAACAACCUCCCUCUUCCGUACUUUAUAUACUCCACUACUUUUUUUUUAUCUUUUCUGGUUACAAGUAUGGUAAAGAAGUUCUUGCUUGCGGUAGCAGUAGGCGCGCCUGUUGCUGUCAUGACAAUCAAGCACUUUACAUCGCUUCCCUGGGGUAACGAUCUCGAUGCACUCUGUCCAGGCUACAAGAACACCGAUUUGACCGGCCAUGACGGACUCGACAAUCUGUUAUGCAAAGUGAUCAACAUUUUCACACACGCGAUCAACGAUCCGUUAGGCCAAAUUAUCAGCUGGCUACUCUUGGGUCUAUUUGCCUCGGUGUUGGCCAUAUGGGGCGUCGAAGGCUCACGCGUCAAAGCCAAUCUCCUCUUAUCCUCGCUUGCGCUCUGGGGUAUGGCAGCCAACCUAUUCACGCUCUCUGCAGUCAUGUUCGGUCUGUGGCUGCCUGCAUACUAUUUCUGCUACGGUGACGACAAUUCAAACAUUCCCAAUUAUGGCAUCCCAUCCGCACGGUCAACGGCCGUGCUCGUAGCGGUUGUCGUCGGCUUCAUCUUUCCCAGUCUGGCCAUGCUAUUGUUCCCCGACCUGGGCGACGCGCCGUGGUCCCAUACACAAACCAUCAUCGUUGCGUUGUGGCAACUGGCUCCACUCGUCGUGAUGCCCAUCUAUGUGUUCUCGACCUCGACGUUUGCUUGCAUGGAAGAACCGUUGGAUCCUCGCAUUGGUAGAGAAGGCCGCGAAAGACGCAGGGUGGCGGAUCAAAAGAGUGGUGUCGAGACAGUCCACCUUGUCCUUGCUUUUGCCAAUGCUGUCCUUUAUUACAUUAUGAUUUUCCGUGCCAGCGGGCGUGGGCUGUUCAAUUGGGAGACCCUUGUGGACGCUUGGACCUUGCAUAGCGGAAAACUCACCAUCUUGUCGAUUGAACAGAGAGGCCAUAUUGAUGCGACACAUUUCUUUUUGGUGGAUCUGCUCGUCGCCUGGGCUGGUGUUGGGUUUUGGGCUCUCUUGGAAAGCGGUCUUGUCGGUGUGUUUAUCCUGGUGGUCGGUACGAUCUUUACCGGACCCGGUGCAGGCGUGUCUCUCUAUGCUGCUUACAGAGAAAGCCAUGUGCAGGACAAUGACAGACUAGUAGUAAAGAAGAAUGAAUAGUUCUCAUGUAUGUAUAUAUGUAACCCGUCUUUUUGAAAUAAUAAAAAGGAGCAACAUCCAACAAAGCUACAUGAUGCAAG